ACAAAUGCGUGCGGUUUCUAGUCCAUCGCUCACAGAUGCUUUGCAGGAGGAAGAAAACGACGCUUCCGCCAGCAAUGCUGCUCAAACCGAAUUAAAGGAUUUUAAUCCGAUCUCAGUUUCCGGUGAAUCUACAUCAACCAUGGUCACCGCAACAACUAAAAACAGCAGCAGUGGCAGCAGCGGCAGCGGCAGCGGCAGCCAUAGCAACAGUAGGCCAUUGAGUCUGUCGAAUAGUCAAAGCGUAGGUGUGCUGCAGAAAUUCAAACGCACGCUUACAAAUUUCAAUAAACCAGCGCAACAGCAGCAGCAGCAGCAACCACAACAGAUUGCAAGUAGUAGCAGCACACAAGGGCUUGUAUUGAGCAAUGCAGCAACCGCAUCUUCCGCAACAGCCGCAAAUAUUAGUGGAGCAGCUAGUAAUGGUGGAAGCAAUUCGUUGACAAUAGAAAAUCCAUCAGAGACCACAUCAAAUAUCGCCAUAAUGGAGGGUAGUGCAAGCAAAUACCGCUUUGGACCACUCAUUUGGCGUUCAUCAAAGGAGCGUCGCAAGACAAAGUACAAUCGACGUGAUAAGUGUAAUAGCGGUGAUUCUGGUAUACAAAUCGAGCUGGAUAAUGACGAGCAAUUCUCGCGCAUUUUGGUGACUGCGAAUUGUGAAGGCGACAACAAGACGGCUAGUACGAGUGCGGCAGCAGCAAAUCAACGCGGCACAAAUGAGAAGGUCACACUGAAAAUGCGAUCUGUGCGUCGUGUUAAUUCGGCCAAAGCGACCAGCAUCACGGAUAAAUCGGCGACAGCGGCACUUAAUGGGAAAGCAAAAAUACUCAAACGCAUAGAAAUUCAAGGUGGCAGCAUGGAACGCGAAGCGCCCGAAUCACUACCCGCGCGCUCAUUAAGUCAACCCAAUGGCUUGGAUACUUGCGGCAUUGGCCGAGUUGGCGAUUUGGAUGACAGUGACAGUGAUAGCGUAACAUCACAUGAGGAAGCACCCAACUAUUACCCGAUUUACGCUGAAGUGCUGUACAGCUUCACCGCCGCUGGUCCGCAAGAACUCGGCCUGGAGCGUGGCACAUUAAUCGAAAUUCUACGCAAAGAGGUCGGUCCCUGGUGGUUUGGACGCAUACGGAAAGAGGAAAAUAACACACUGGUCGAAGAGAUACUUGACCCCGAACUCGGUUGGUUUCCCAAGGAAUUUGUGCGCGUCAUACAAUGCCCCAAGACGGAUGUGUUUUUCCUUUCGCAAAUGGCAAAUGUCGCGACAUCUGCCCAAGUACAACAACAACCAGCGACAACAACAAAACGUAGCAGUUUCAAGAAAUUUGCUACAAAAUCACAAACUGCGUUCCACUCUGCUACAGCCCCACCAGCGCUGCCGCCAACAAUGACUGCCUCUGAUAUAGCAUCGGAGGUUGCUUGUGACUUAGAUGCGACUAUUGUCGAUGAGAAUAAUGUAACGACUAUUGUGAUUGAAUCGCCCUCGUAUGCGAGCCGACCACCAAGUGCUUCAAGCGGUGGUGGUGGUGGUGGAGUUUGCGGAAGUGGGGAUGCAUCAAAUGCCCUGGCACCGUCGCGUAGCAUCAAUGUGAUACUCGACAGUGCGGAAAUGUUGCGACGCAGCGCGGUUAAAGAGUUGCUCGACACAGAGGUUAACUAUGUGAAACUGUUGGCCGCCAUAUGCGAGGGCUAUCUGCCCGCAAUGAGCAAGCGUAUUGAUAUUUUUUCGCCGAAUAGUAUUCGUUUGAUUUUCUCAAACAUUACAGCGAUCUAUAAGUUCCAACGGAAAUUUCUAGAGGCGUUGCGCAAAGGCAUCGAGCAGAAUCAAGUCGCUAAAGUUUUCCUGAAAAUGCAUAAGGGAUUCCUCUGCUACUCAACCUAUUGUAAUGCAUACCCACGUGCGCUCAUAGAAUUGGAAACGUAUGAUCGUAUUAAAGAUGCCAAAACUAUUCUAGACAAUUGUCGCGAAUCGGAGAACCUUGCUGAACUGCCUCUCUCGGCGCACCUCUUGGCACCUGUCCAACGUAUCUGUCGCUAUCCGCUGCAUCUCAGUGAAAUUCUGAAAGGCGCAGCCAAGCGUGGCGAACCACCAGAAUAUGAAUUAGCACAGUAUGAGCAAUUUGAUGUAAGCCAAAUGGACAUACCUGACACAUAUGAAAAAAUCGACUUAGCCUUGGAGGCAAUGCGCGGCAUUACUGAAGCGGUCAAUGAAGGCAAGCGUCACAGCGAAACGAUUGCACGUCACCAAGCCAGUUUUCAGAAUUUCAAAGGCCCGCCACUUCAUCUACACAGUACACGUUUCUUUUUGCAAAUCGAUGCUACGCGGCAGAAGCAAAAUCUCUGGAACAGCAGCUGUACGCUAUUUCUCUUCGACAACCAGUUAAUCUAUUGCAAGCGCGACAUCAUUAAACGCAGCCAAUUCAUCUACAAGGGACGCAUCUUUCUUGAUCGUUGCCGCGUGGUAAAUGUGCGCGAUGGCAAAAUGUUUGGACACAAUAUAAGAAAUUCACUGCGUAUCUAUUGCGAAGCGCGUGACAAAUGGUUCGACUUUAGUUUUCGCUCGGCAAAUCGCAAGCACCGUUUCCUCAGCACCUUGGCGCUGGAGCGGCAAUUCGGCGGCAAGGCAUUCUACGUUUCGGAAAUGACCGGCUUCGAGUACGCCUACGAUGAGCGUGACUACUCCGAUCAAUCCGACUAUGAGUUGCCCGAUUGUGAACACAGCAAUAGCAGCGGCGGUGGCGGAGGCGGUGGCGGUGUCACUGUAGGUGGCAGUAUCACUGUAGGUGGUGGUGGUUUAGUUGGCGCAACGCGACAUUGGUCCAUGGCGGAUGUGAGCAAUGCGAAUGCCGGACUCGGUACAUCGGCGACGAGUGGUGAUAGUUCAGUGCCUGAAUCGCCAGUUAAAUACAGUGAUACGCUGCCGAAGAAAUCGCAUACACGCGAGUCAGGCGGCAGUAGCGGCACGGUGAGCGAGUGUCAGACGGGUUCGCUGGGACGUCGCCGCCUUGGUAAUUGGUUCCGCAAACCAAAGAGCAGCAACUCAACGCCAAAUCAUUCGCCGACACAUAAGGCAAACGAGCUUUCCGCGGUCGCACUGGUGGGCGGCAGUGAGAAUAAUAUUUCCAUUAACGUGGGUGGGGGUAAUUACAUCUCUUCUGGCUCAUCGGCAUAAGGUGGUGCCAAUGGAAAAUUUUCAACAGCAUAAUUGGCAAGCAAGAUUGAAAUAUCAAUUAGAAAUGAAUCUCCAUAAAAAAUACUUAGAUAAGAGCAAAAGGCGUUAUCAUACAGCCAGUAUAUGAAAUUAAUGGGCAUUAAUGUUCACAAAGCCAAUGGCUUACUUGCAGUCUUAUCAAAAUUACGAAACAUACACAGUGAUUGCGCUUUGCUCUCUCUCUCUCUCACUCUCUAUCUGAGUCAAUUAUAAAUGCUAAAGCAAGUGAUUGUAUUUGUUAUUGAGUUCGUGUUGUUUUAUUAAAAGAAAACUUUCGAAAUUCCGACGAUUUUAUUAUAAGAACCCCGGAAAGUUCAUGUAUGUGGCGGUGAUGUUUGAACAUUUUACAUUUCCUAACAGAGAAGUGUACUUUGAAGACAUAAAUAUGUAGUCAGUUGAUGUAAUAGUCAUUUAAAUAUGCAUACAUACAUAUGUACAUGUUAGUGAUGUAGGUUUCGUUGUAUGGUAAACGUACCCACGUUUGUAGUAGACACAUAUUCUAAAAAUAAAAAGUUCAGUUAAUUUUCAAGAUUAUUUUAAAUACUUGGUAGAGUAAAUUUAAUCUUUUCCGAUUCCUUAACUAAAAAUGUGCGAAAAUAAAUAAAAAAAGAACAUUAACGAAUGAAUGUUAACAUUAAAAGCAAUUGUAUAAUGAAACAUUAUAACGUUUAUAGUAAAUAUAACUGCACACAUGGAUAUGCUAAAAAAUGUACACAAAUAUUACAAUACCAGAAGAUUUGUUAAAACAAGUGAAAUAGAGUUAAAAAGAAAAAACAAUAAAAUAAUAGCAAUCAUGCCGCCAAAGCGAAUUGUAUUAACUUUAAUUUGAAAAAAAAAAUUUGUUAUUAAAAGUGUUUAAUUAAAGGUUAAUUGUCAAUAAGUCAAAACCAAACAUACACA